AUGGACCCUAUUAAAACACUUAUUGACUCUGGCUCUUCACAAAACUUCAUGGAUAUUACCUUUGCUAGGAACCUCAAGAUUCCUUUGAUUGAACUCCACUCCCCUAGGACAGUCAUAGCCAUUGAUGGGAAAGAAGUAGAAGAAAAAAUUCAAUAUAAGGCCAUCUUAAACCUUAUCAUUGAAGGAAGAACUUUCAGACAGACCUUUUAUGCUAUGCCACUAGGAGAUACUCCACUCAUCCUAGGUCUCUCCUGGCUAAGAGAAGCCAACCCUACCAUCUGCUGGAGGGAUUUCUCAUUAAGCUAUAAGGAUGAGGAACCUAUAAAAGGAAAACUGGCAGAGAUACUGGAACUCCCUUCUGAGAUAGAAGACUUCCAAGAUGUAUUCUCUGAAGAGCUCUUUAAACAACUCCCUCAACACAGAUCCUUUGAUUGCUCCAUUAACUUCAAGGGAGGGAGUGAACUUCCAAAACCUGCUAAAGCCUAUCCCAUGUCUCCAGCAGAGUCCAAAGCCAUGAAGGAAUAUAUGGAAAAGGAACUAUUGGAUGGGAAAAUUGAACCAAGUCACUCUCCUAUUGCUUCCCCAUGCUUCUUUGUGAGGAAAGCUGAUGGGGGACUGAGACUAGUAGUGGACUAUAGGAAGAUCAAUGACAUCACCAUCACAGAUCAAUUCCCCAUGCCCUUGCAGUCUGACCUUCUAGAAAAGGUCAAGGAUGCCAAGAUUUUCUCCAAACUUGAUCUGAAGUCAGGAUACAAUAACAUCAGGAUCAAGGCAGGAGAGGAAUGGAAAACUGCUUUCAGCACAAAGGAUGGUCUCUUUCAUUAUUGUGUGAUGCCCUUUGGUUUGAGAAAUGCCCCUCAAAUCUUCCAGAGGUUGAUGAAUCAUAUUUUCCAUGACAUGAUUGAUGUGUCAGUGAUUAUCUACUUAGAUGAUAUACUGAUCUACUCUAGGAAUAGAGAAGAACACACCAAACAUCUCAGGGAAGUACUUAGAAGAAUCAGGGACAACAACCUAUACCUGAAACUUGCAAAGUGCCUAAUCUACACCACUGAAGUGACCUAUAUUGGCAUUGUGAUUACCCCAGAAGGUAUCUCCAUGGAGAAAGAAAAGAUCAAGGCAGUACAGGAAUGGAAGGAACCUAAGACUGUCAAGCAACUGCAGUCUUUCAUAGGAUUUGCCAACUUCUACAGACACUUUAUCAAGGACUUCAGCACUAUUGUAAAACCCCUAACUCUACUUACCAGGCAGGAAGUAAAGUGGAAGUGGGGUGAAGCUGAACAGCAAGCCUUUGAUAGAGUCAAGGAGGAAAUUGGAAAGGACCCAGUACUUAUUCACCCUGAUGCCCAGAAACCUUACUUCUUAGAAACUGAUGCCUCUGGAGUAGCUAUGGGUGCUGUCCUUAGCCAAAGACACACUGAUGGCUACCUACACCCUAUUGCCUUCCUAUCCAAGAGCUUUGAUGAUGCCCAGACCAACUAUGACACACAUGACAAGGAGUUACUAGCCAUCAUUACUUCCCUGGAACAUUGGAGACUUUUCCUGGAAGGCACAACUGAGCCCAUCACAGUCUACACUGAUCACAAAAACCUGGAAUACUGGAAGACAGCUCACACCUUCAACAGGCAACAUGCAAGGUGGUACCAAAUCCUGGCACCCUUCAACUUCAACAUUGUCUACAGACCUGGAAAGAUGUCUGAAAAGCCUGAUGCCCUAUCAAGAAGACCUGAUCACUUAGACAUUCCCAACAAGGAACAGAUAAUGAUUGAUCCUAAACACUUCCUGGUAAUGAAGGCAGAGGUAACAACAGACAUUAUUUCUCAGAUCAGAGAGGCUCAGGAUGAAGACAAGUCAAUUCAAACACUGAUUGCCACUGUCAAACACAAGGAAGAACUUCCUCCUAGUGUAGCAAAACAAUUUACUAAAUACCAAUGGAAAGAAGAACUCCUAUGGUAUGAGGAAAGAAUCUUUGUACCAGACAGCAAGGCUAUCAGACUUGAACUCCUAGAACAGUACCAUGACUCCCCCAUUGCUGGCCACCAAGGGCAAGCACGUACUUUGGAACUCCUGUCAAGAGAUUACUAUUGGCCAGGAAUGAAAGCCCAAGUAAACAGAUAUGUGGAAUCAUGUGAAAACUGUCAAAGGAGUAAAGGCCACAAACAUACAGUCCCCAUAAGACCACUACCUAUUCCAAGCAGGCCCUGGGAGGAUAUUGCCUAUGACAUGACAGUCAAACUUCCACUAUCCAAUGGAUAUGACAGUAUUCUAGUGGUAAUAGACCGCUUCUCAAAGCAGGCCCAUUUCAUUCCUUGCAUAGAAAAAACCAAUGCUAAGGAAACGGCUGAAAUCUUUAUCAAGGAAGUAUGGAAACUGCAUGGUACCCCUAGGACAACAAUCUCAGAUAGAGGCAGAGUAUUCAACAAUGAAUUCCAAAGGGCCUUAUAUGAGAAAUUGGGAAUAAAACCUCUAUACUCUACUGCUUAUCACCCUGAGACAGAUGGCCUGGCAGAAAGAACAAACCAAUGGUUAGAGGGAUUCUUGUGCAGCUACUGCAACUAUGCACAAGAUGAUUGGGCAAAGUGGCUACCUAUAGCUGAGUUCUGUCACAACAAUCAAGUCAACUCUACAACUGGCAAAUCAGCCUUUGAGACAGUGUAUGGAAUGCACCCAAAAUGGAAUAUUGCACCUACCACCUCCAAUGUACCACAUGCAGAAGACAUGACCAAACAGAUGGAACUAAUCUGGGAUGCAGUCAAGGCCUCCAUGGAGUUCCACAAAGCAAAGGAAAAGGCACCCAGACAGGAAUACAAAGUAGGAGAUAAAGUGUGGCUAAUGACCACCAACAUCCAAACAAAGAGACCUGCAAAGAAGCUGGACAACAAAAAAGCUGGACCCUUCACUAUUGCUGAAAAGAUCUCAUCCUAUGCUUACAGACUAGACCUUCCUAACACCAUAAAAAUCCACAAUGUCUUCCAUCUCAACCUCCUGGCUCCCUUCAAAGAGGACACUGACUUCCACAGAAGACAAGUGAAACCUCCCCCCAUCAUAACAGAGGAAGGAGAAGAGGAGUAUGAAGUGGAAAAGAUUGUGGCAUGGAGACAGGACAAAGAAGGGCUGAGAUAUCAGGUCAGAUGGAAAGGAUAUGAUGAGCUAGAGGAUACCAUGGAGAGGGCUGAAAAGAUUGCCCAACUGCCUGAGAUCAUGGAGAGAUUCAAAAAGGAGUUCCCUAAUGGGCCUCUACCUCCUGAAAUCAAAACCCCAGGAAAGAAAAAGAAGACAAUAAAGGGGAAAUCUGCUUAUAUGAGUCACACAGUAGAUCAUCCAUACAUAGCACUUCAACCAAGAAAUGCCACAGCAGGUCAACUGCCAGGGGAAGAAGCCACUCUCCCCAAGCAGAACAAAGGCAACUUUGAGACACUACAUGCUAUCACAGCUCCCAAAUCCAGCAUUGUGGAAGACAAGGCCAAAGCAAACAAUGGAAGCAACAAUGGGCCCAAGCCAUUCUCAACAGAACAAGAAAAUCUAGACAUUAGGGAUGCAACCAACCAUGUUGCUAAGUGGACAACUCUUGGACCCAAUGUUGAGCAUUCACACUCUGCACAAAAACCGCUCAUAAGUCCUGUAUCAGGCACAUCUACCCCCACACGCCAUAUCACUAUUCCAUCCACGCGCUGUGGUGUCCCACAUCCCUACUCCUGUCCCUCCAGCCAUGCUAGCCAAUGUUCCAUUCCUACCCAUUCCCAACCACCCUCUUGCAGCACAUCUCCUGCUCCGCAAGACUUGCCAAGGAUGGAACCAGAGCCGUCCCUUGCCACUCUCCUCAAGGCUGUCACAGCCCUCACAGCCACAUUUGGGUCCCUACAGGACCAAAUCAGAAUCCAGGGCCAACAGCUUGUCAAGCUUAAAGCCAUAUGCAAGGAGACCACCAACCUUAUUGGUGACAAGGACCAAGGAGCCCCCCAGGCCCAGCCUGGCCCAUUGAUUGGGCCUGUCACUCCCCCAACCCACAAGGGGGGAGAAGCCCACACUCCAGGCAUGGUUAGGCCUGGACUGUCCUAG